AUGAGCAUUACCUUCGUAAGUGUGCAGCUAGUCAACAACAGACUGAGGGAAACACAGGCCCACUCACAGUCGAGUUUUCAGCCGUUAUGGGUCAGGUUCUUGAUGGCAAUGCCAGAAAAGAACUCAUCCGAGCUUCUUCUGCGGCACAAUGUGGCAGUAGGAAAUUUUCAUUCUUUCCCAUACACCAUGAGCUGGGCUGACUGGCUCGAGUUUGAUGCCCCCUCCACCUUCUACCAGUCGUUCUUUGUCGGUUACAUACUCUCGCCCUUUAACUGGCUAUACAUCAAGUCAUGCAAACUAUACUCACCACCGCAACAAGAUGAUGGCCUCGACAAAUUCACCUCAGCGUCAAGUAACAAUCCGUGGGGCGUUGCAUCAUUUGAAGGUCGAGGCUUCUAUGGUCGGAUUGGUAAAGAUCCCACCCCAAGGUUUGCCCCAAAUUUGAAGGUAUCAUUUAUCUUGGUGAUGACAAAUGCCCAAUUUGAGGACAUUUUGUCAUGGAAAUUGGAGUGUAAGCGGGGCCCAGGUGCCCAUGGGCAACAAGUGUCUGAUGAAGCAGACACAGACUUGGAAGAAGCGGAACAGUCAGGUGUUUAUAAUCCGAUGGAUGAGGUAUUUCGUGCCGCUACAACAUUUGGCCAGAAACGUUGCGUUGCCCAGGCUCAUGGAGGCCCAAGUGCUUGUGGAGAAUCUAGCUCAAACUCAUUGUCCAGCAAAGUAGGUCGUCCAGCAUCCUGCUCUCAGCGUCGCUCGGCUUCGCCACGGACAUGUUCAGCACUGGCCCCACUCUUUUCAAGUGUAAGCCCUGUAAAGACAGGAAGCCCAAGUCCAAGGAAAGUAGCCGGCAGCCCUGUGACCAUCAGGUCACUCUAUACUAUGACUGAUGAACCUGUCCUCGAGCAAGACUGCAUUGAUCCCAUUAGCUUCGACAUACCAGACAGUAGCACCCUCAAGCGCGUUAUGAAAGCACAAGAAGAUGUACGCAAACAAGCAAAGUCUAUUCAAAGGCUUCGCUCUUUUGACUUUAAGGACAAGGCUAACCAGCCUGUUGUAACUCUUGCUGUGGACCGUACCACAAAAUCAAUGGUAGCGCCGGCUGGUAGCUUCAAAACUUGUCACCCAGCAUCAUUCAUCAAUCUCGGAAAAUUAUCUCAAACGCAAGUCACGGCGGCGCCAAUCCUAGGGCUCGAUGGCAUUGUGGCAAAGCGCAUCUACUGGAGGGCCUCAGGCCCCACAUCAAGUCGAAAGCGCUUAGCGAUCAACGACAAACUCGCAAAGACACUUGAUGAAGCUAACUGCCUAUCCCCAAAUGCACCACCCAUCACCAUCCCUCGUCUUCGUCUUGUACAAGCUGCAGUAGCUAUCCCUCAAGACCCAUGUGAAGCUAAUGCCGCUGUCUACCUGUUGGAAGAGAAGAUAACUGUGCAGUGCCAAGGAAGAAUCUGGAGGGUUCGGGGUUAA